AUGAAUCUUGAAAUGGUUAAAUUUCUGUCGCUUCUUAUUUUCUUUCCGGUCAAAUCCCUAGCUGAACAUUCAUCUCACCCAGUCCUUGAGGGUUGGCAAUUUGAUGAUAACAGUCGCUCCAGCUGGGAUAUUUUAUGGGCAUGUCUUUCUACUAUCUUUGCCUGCACUUGGACGGCUCUUCACAUCCAUGUUUAUAGUCGUGAUCAGUACAUGACAACGGCCGUUGCUUACGUUAUGAAGGGCCUGUCAUGGUUUGGGGCACUUUUGGCUCCAGAGGUGAUGAUAAUCAUUGCUGCUAUAGAUGUUCACUAUGCCAGAGCAAUUAUAGAGCGAUGUAACAAGGCCUUUGAGGCUGAAGGUAAUUACACUGGAAUACCAAAGACGGAGAUUGAACAGGCGCAAAUAUCAGAAGCUGAGAUGAAUGCGAACAAAAGAAGCCUGCCCUGGACUAUGGCGCACGGCUUCUGUAUUCAUAUGGAUGGAUUCAGACUACGAACAAAAGACCACUGGUUUUAUAAUAUUGGAUCUAAGAAUGUUGCGCCUCUUAUUGAAGCCGGACUGAUUCAACCUUCAGAUCUGUCGAAGGACGAGAUUAAGGACCGUGCCAAAGCGGAUGCGCUCGCGAAAUUCAUCACCGUACUUCAAAGCUUAUGGACGCUCGUGAAUAUCCUUGCUAGAGCAGCAUAUAAGCUACCAAUCUCUCCUCUUGAGAUUUCAACUAUUGCUUAUGUCGUCUGUGCUGCGUGUACUUACGGACUGUGGUGGUCCAAACCAAGAGAUAUGGAGACUCCAAUUACGAUCAACCUCGCGUAUACAAGAAACAGUGAGAGUAUGCCUCACCAGGUCCGCGAAAUACUGGAUGCCGAUAAACAUUGUUGGUACCGAACAGGCGAAAGAAAGAAAAAAAACCCCGUGCCGCCGGAAGGGGAAAUGCAAAUAAGAGGAAGGCACAUUCCAUGGUCCGUGAUUUGCAGCAAUGGAACUUUAGAUCGAUUGUCAAAUGCUGAAGAGACUCGAUUGACAAUUUGGGCGAUGGUUGCGGUGCAGAUAUUUUGCGCCAUCCAUAUUGUGGCGUAUGUUGCUUUACUUAGUAUUCCCAAUCUGCGCAGCAAACGUUUUACAGUCGCGCUGACCAUUAUUAAAAUACAGAUGGAACUUUAUAUUUCCAACCCCGGCCGAAAGAGUAUCCUGGAGAGUGUUAUCGCUGCUGUCACUUGGAUUUUCUUGGCCUGUUUUUAUUGUAUGCCAAGCGCCGCUAACCGCAUCAUGGCUGGCUGCAAAGGGGUUACUGCCGUUUUCGCAGAAAUUGAAAGGAUACAUUGA